AUGGAAACUCCUGAAGUUAAAAACGAGGAGAAAAAGAUAAGUGUACACAAGACUUCUUUUUGUUCCCUUAUAUGGAAUUUCUGCGACUACACGUCCGCGCACGGACUGGGAAGGAUAUCUAGUGUCAAACACUGGACCAGGACAGUGUUCUGGAGUUUAUUGUUUAUUGGAGCUGUGACAAUGCUUUGUAUUCAAGUCUAUUCUUUGCUGGACAAGUAUGAAAGUCGACCGCUAACAACGUUAGUUACUGUCGAAAAGGAGACGGUAAAUGGAUCAAAUGUCGACAAUCCCCAAAUUAAUUCCACGUCAAAGCCGACGUCAGAAAGUUCUUCAACAACCAACUUUACAGACGAGACCUGGCAAGAUGAUAACUUUGAAAAUCCAGACCAACUUGAUUCUCAGUUUCUGCGAGGCGAGGAAAUGGCAGUGUAUUUAGCAAGAGAAGAUGUGCAAAUUCUCUCUUUAUUGGGUCAUCAAUUUGAUGAAAUGGUGUUGUCCUGCACUUACAGGGGAGUGUCGUGUCGGUGGGUCCAUUUUUUCGUCAGAAACUACACGACCUCGUUUUGGACUUCGUUUUGGCAUUACAAGUAUGGAAACUGUUUUGUGUUCAACAGAGGCGAGGUUAAUGGCGUCGAAGUAGAGAUUUUAAAAUCCAACAAUCCUGGGCCAUCUCAAGGUGAAUAUCACAAACAAUUACAAACUGCCUGCCUUGAAAUCAAACAGAUAAAAUCGAAAAAAAAAAAACGUUAUCUUAAUACCAGACUGAAAUGACCUUUUCGAUGUUAGAAGGCAUCUCACAGCUGAGUUUUCUUUUCAAAGAUUGCUUACCAACAAGAACUGAACGAUAUGGAAUAUCGCUCUCUCCCUGUCACC